AUGCCUUCGUCGAUGUCACAAACAUACAGAUUCCGAAUUUGGACCAAGCGGAUUCAGAAGGACACCAGGGGCGUGCCCCCACUCGGUAAUUUUCAACAGCGGCGCGGCGCCGGCCUCAUCCAGGCGGCCCUCGUCCAUACAGGAUCCGUACAGCCUGCGCUGCUUCUUCAGCAUCAGCGCGGCAUAGAUCUCGUCCGCAGGCGUGCCUAUCAACGCUGCCUUCUCAUCCACGUCCAGGAUCAACGCGGAGGUAGCGAGAGGACCGUCAUCGACGGCGAGGUCGAGGAUGGCCUUGAUAACUCGGUUGUUGUUUACCCAAAGCGCGAGAUGGAAGAGGAUGGUAAGAACGAUCAGGACCACGACCUCAUCGAGGCGCUCAUCGACCUCGUCGGCCCCGGCCGUUCCCCCACCGCCUCCGCCUUCAACCUCUCCACAUCUCUAUUCCCCUUCUCCUCGAAGCUCUUCCUGCUCCCGGCCGUGCUCCGACUCGCGCUCCGCUCCCUACCCACCUCCCUCGGCGUGACCGCCCGCUUCCCAAACGCCGCACCGAGCGGACGGGGGCUCAUACUCCGCGCAUCUGCCCAAGGGCUCGUGCCAUCGUCGCCGGUCGCAUCGGGGAAGCCGAAGGAAAGGUUGACGGAGGGCAGCGACGGCGACACGGGGCGCGACGCGGCGAGCGCACUGGCGGACUGGAUGAUGGUGCUGCUCAUGCGGGAGAGCAGCGGCGGACGUGCGACCGCGGCCGCGUCGGGCGUGGUCACCGCGGAGGUGGACACGGGUGGCGUGGCCGCUUGGACGCGCAUGAACGGGUUCAGCACCAGAUCAGCGUCGGGAUGGGCCGGCGAUUUGUCGGCGGGGUCCAGGGCGGAGGGUAACGCGACGCUGGAGGGCGCACCCUCUUCGCCGUACGAGCGGGUGGAGGAUAUCGACGAACGGUUCGACGACGGAAGCGCAAUCGAGGCCGGACUCCUGGCACAUCCAACACGUCAGGCAAUCUAG